AUGAACUCAUUGACCCUCGCAGCCACUUGGGCUCCGUCCGUGAACAACAUGGGCCGAACUUUCUUAUGGUUCUGGCUCCUGGCGGCAGCAUGGGUGCGGUCUGAAGAUGAGGUGGAUGGUGGGGAUAUCCUGGAUGCUAUGCUUGGUGCACCGCCAGCCACACCUCAGAUUCAGAUUCCUACCAUAGCGCCCGUGAUCGCAACCACCCCGGCGCCGAUCAUCUCGCCGAACAAGCCGGGUUGUGCCGCGGAUAUCACGUCGGCUUUGCACGACCUGACGGUCGUCGCCCGAAUGCUCACAUACGUCACAGCCGACUGCGCCCAGCCAGGCCAGGAUUCUACCGUCUGCGCCGCCGACAUCCUGCAGAUGAUCAGAUACAUGGGGAAAGCGGCCGGAAUCAUCUCCGAUGCUGUGUUUACCUGUGGCAACAUCCAAGCAGGAUGCAGUCAAACAAUCGCGGACGCCAUCGGAGAGUUGGCUCAUCUCACAGGCUUUAUCGUAGCGAUGGAAAUUCAGUGCGAUGCCUCCAGGCUGUUUUGCGCAUCUCAAGUCUUCCACUUCCUUUCCUCCGGGCUUCACUGUGCGAAGAACAUCGACACGGCAAUUGUGCAGUGCCCUUUACCUGGAGGUGACGGCGGCGACGAUGGUGGCGACGACGCCGGUGGAAGCGAUGGUGAUGACGGCGGCGAUGGGGGUGAUGGCGACAGCAGCGGUGCCACAACAACAGAGGCAGAAGCCCCGCCGGACCUGACGCCUGAUCAAGUGAAGACAUUCUAUCCAAAUGGGCCGAACGGCGCCCCGCCUGUGCUCGGAGCAAAGCCCAACCGCUUGCUGUUAGGAUUCUGGAUCAGAGAGGUGAGGUUGUGUGAGUGCUUGGUUUUAGCUGUGGUGCAGUGUGGUAUGGUGGUUUUUGUGAAUGUAGAGGCUAUUGGCAGCGGAGCCAUCGAGCUCCUAGGCCUGACAUGGCAGAAGUUCAUGGAGAUAUCAGAUAACGAAUGCACUGAGGGGAAGUAUGGCAUUCCUCGCUUCGAUGGUUCCCUCCACCUGCUCCAGGAGUAUUCCUACCGAGUGAAGAUGAAGGAGCUCAGGGAGAAGGACCUCGAGGCUUCAGAGGCCAAGAAGCUGGGACCGCUUGGGCUUCGUUUGGUGGAGGGGCUUCGUGGUCCGGCCCUCCACGUGGUGAAGCGGAUCUCACAAGAUGUUUUGGCUUCGGACAAGGGGCCCUCCAAGAUAUUAGCGGAGCUGGCGGCGACUUUGAGGCCCCGACGCACCCAGGAAGCUCGGGAACUCUACUUGGCCGGUUCUCGCGAGGGAGGCCCCUUGGCACGACAGUUCGGAGAACCUAUGAGCAUAUAUGUUCUCCGCCGGCGGUCCUGGUGGAGUAUUCUUCAGGACUUGGACUCGGAGAUCAAGAUCCCUGACUUGAUCUUGGCCGAGCAGACGCUUCAGAAUGCCCGGGUCACCGAGGACCACGCCUUGAUGAUCAGAACCUCACUGGGCCAGGUCAUCACUAUGGACGGCGUUUGCUCUGAGCUCGUGAACCAGCACGGGGCCAUCCACCUGAAGGAGAAGCGCGACCGCGGCCCGGCAAACUCGUGGCGACCGCGGCCCCACUUUGGCAAGAACGCCUCCAAGAGCAAAGGCAAGGGCUAUGGAUAUGCGGUCUGGGAGGAUAGCCCCAGCCACGACGAGUACCAGGACGAGGCCUACUAUGGAGCCGAACCAGCAGCCCCACAACACUGGGAUUCGGCCAGCCAAAGCCUUGGUGGAUUCGAGGAUGAUACGGCCAGCGGCUUCUAUGGAGAAGGCCCGGAAGUGGAGUACGCAGAGCCUGAGGACCCGGCCCUUGUGGUUUUUUCGGCUAUGGUGGCCGAGGGCUUCAACGAGGCAGACCCCGAAGGAGGUGAGAUUGGGGCCGAAGUCCUGCAGGCCGAGGCGGAGGCUUUUGUGGCAAGGCAGUUCGCGAAUCAACGGGGCCACCAAGGCUUUGCAGGACGGCGCUUUGAGUUCCGAGGCGAGAUGUCCUUGGAAGAGAGAAAGGCGAGGGUGAACGCCUUGAAGCAGCGAACCACGUGCCGGCGAUGUGGGCAAAAAGGGCACUGGUCAACGGACCCUCAGUGUCCCAAAGGCGGUGGCAAAGGAGGUGGCAAGCGACCUGGCUCCUCGACAGCCAGCCAGACGACAGCGGCGUCCUCCCAAGGGAAAGGCAACAAAGGAAAGAAGGGCCCCGCCAACAAGCCGAGAACAGUUUACUUUGCCGUGCGAGAAGGGCAGCCCGAAGAGGCGACAGGGUACAUGGCCUAUCGGCGGGUCCCACCGCCGACCUCCUUGGACGAAGCACCGGCCGCACCAGCACCGAACUCACUGAGCGGAGUGGCACCGCCUUCGGUUAUGUCAGCUGGUCCUAUGCCUGUGCCGGGGACUUUGUCACAGUUGCUGCGGGGCACCUCGGCGAGAGCACCUACCGGCUCUUCCUCGGCGGCGCCUUCGGGUAUGCCCCCGGCGGCCACACCGAGUAUGGCAUCGGCGUCUUCGUUGGCCUUGCCUUCGGCAGCUUCACCCGCCUCGCCUUCGAUGAGCCCAGCCGAGGACCGACCGAACGAGGGAACCGCAACUGAUUCUUCGCUGGCUGUUUCUUCCCGGAGCUGGCAGGUGGUGCCCGGACAGGACUGGGAUCAUACAAUGUUGUUCCAGGCUCUCCAGGCCAACAGCGACGUGGUCAUUGAUCAAAUGCUGGAGGCGACUCGUGCGAUGGACACGGCGGAACCUUUGCCACUCGAGCCGCCUACUGCUGUUGUCGCUCCAGAGCCAGGGCUGAUACCACCGGGAAUGCAGGAGAUGGCUGCCUUGCAAAUGCCCUCUCCUACGGGAGAGCUAGACAGCUUGAGCGAUUUCACGCUCACCUCGGCAGAGCCUGAGCUGAAACCCUUGGUGGCAACGGAACCUUCUGCUCCCGAGGUUCAGGAGGAGGAGACUCCACCACUUCGUGGGCAUGACUGUCGGCAUCUACGAGUUACCACCAAGGGCAGCAACAAGUUCUACCACAUAAAGACGUGCCUGGACUGUGGCCAGCAGCUGGAGAGAACGAGGAAGGAGCAAGCAGAGCCUACGCAGCCAGCUGGGCCCUUGAGACCGGUGCAGGGAUGCCCUCAUGCCAAUGUCACGCGGCAGGGCACGAACAGCCAUGUGUGGAGGUGGCGUUGCAAGGACUGUGGUCUUACUCGAGAAGGCCGGCAGAAUCCCGGGACGGCCCGGGCGAUGGGUCACGGUGCCUUGGGACAGGGCACCCUGGACGCAGGAGUCGACACCGCUGCGGUUAAGGUCCUGGAGAUGGCGGGCACCGUGGUGAUGGUGCAGGAGAGCGGCGGCUUAGCAGUCCCAUUGGACCGCCUACCACACAUUGUGGAGAAGUGCUCCGAGAUUUACCAGCGGCGUUAUGGAGCACCCUCGGCUUCUCAAGAGCCUGUGCCGACAGAGCACAGCCAGGCCGCAGCCAAGCCGGCAGCCAAGGCCCGGGCAGAUCGGACGACAAGUGUGGCGACCACUGGGGACCCGGCCGGCAUCUCCGAUGCGGCGCUGGUCCUUUGCGGCAAGUACAAAGGGGAGAGCUUCCGCGAUAUCUAUUACAAGUGCCCUGAGUAUGUCGAUUGGAUCCUUGCCCAGGCCAACAACUUGACGGCGCGUUCCCUGGUUGACUUCCACAGGUAUAUCCUGGCCAAGCGCAAGAAGGAGAAAGACGCAACACCGCCACCACCGCAGGCCUUUAUGGCACUUUCCGAGCCCAACAGCGAGGACAAACUGCUUGCUGUACUGGACACCGGUUGCAACCAAACGUGCCAUGGGUCGGAGUGGCUUCAGGCUUACAUUCAGGCCUCCGGUGCGGUGUUGUCCCCGUUGGUUGCUUGCGACUCUGCGGGACUCAAUGGCAUUGGCGGCAGGGUGCAGGCGACGGGCAAACGAAUCCUGAAGAUUGCCCUCCAGAUGCGGGACGGUACCCUGGCGGAGGGGACGAUCGAGUCUGUGGAGCUCUUGGGUUCGCAGGUUUUUGGUCGCGACCUGGACCUUGUGGAUCGCGACGGGCUACCGGCUGUUCGUUUGUUGCCCUUUGGCCCGGGAGACGAAGAAGGUCCAGGGUCGCAGCACUUUGCUAUGACGGCAGAGAGGGUGUUGGAGCUAGACCGGGCGGAGGAGCAGGACUUUUGGCAACAGCAAGGCGACAUGUGGAUUCGAGUUCAUGUUCGUGCCCGGCGUUGCCUUUAUGAUCCGCGCCGGGAACCCAGCCAAGAGAGCGAGAUUGAGAACGGCCUGGCGGACUACCCGGUUCGCUUCACCGAAGCCACCGCCGCCGAUGGCAGCACCAAGGAGGAUUUCCAAGACAACUGGCUGGAGACGGGCAACAACGAUGUCACCGACCUCCUGGGUGGCCCUUGGCGUGGUUACACAUAUUUUCUCAGAAGUGCCCCGGCCACCGAGGAGAGUGCUGUGGAACCGGAGUCUUCGACAGCCCUCUUUGUGACGUUUGACACCGAGGACAAGGCCAGAAGGGUGCUCACCAAAGGUCAGAAGAGGCAACUGGCGGAAUGCACCGAGGCCGCCUCCCGCAAGGAUGCCGCCAUGUGGUCACAAUUGUCCUCGGAGGCUUCUUUUCACAACAGCCGCAAGAUGUUACCACGGGGCUGUCGGCACUUCCUGCUGGAGUUGUUUGCGGGGGCGGCGGCGUUGACUAUGAUGGCCGGUCGCUUCGGCAUCCCCUUUUCGAACCCGGUGGACCUCCAGGACCCCAAUGGCAACCUUGAGGACAGUGACGUGCGAGACCGGCUGUGGGCCAGAAUCGAGGCAGAAGAUCCCUACUUCCUCGUUGUGGCGCCGAACGGUCUCCCCUGGAGCUUGCCGCCCACAAGGAGGAACAAAGAACAACAAGAAGCCCGACGUCGAUGGUACCCGGUUGCCCGCUGGCUGGCGGAUUUGUUCAAGAGCCGGCUGGCAAAAGGGAGACAGGUGGCGCUUGAGAGUUCCUGGGGCAGCCCGCUCUGGGAGAUGAAGUGCUUCCGGGAGACCUAUGGCGCGGAAGAUGUGGUCACCAAUGAGGUUCUCGAGGUGAUCCCCUAUGACCAGGGCACGGCAGGCUUCAAGGACCGUCGCACCGGGCAAGUUUGCCAGAAGACAGCUGGGCUGAUGACGGCCUCCGGUCAGCUUAAAAGGGCUAUGCUUGAGUACCAGCCGGAGGCGGCGCAUGGAACACCCAACUCAGUUCUGCUUCUAGACCCUCAGUGGCCCGAACCUCUGUGUGAGAGCGUGCUGCGUGGAGUGGUGCGUGAACUUGAGGACCUCAACUGCGCCGUGGCCUUUGCCGGGGAAGCUGAGCUAGAGGAUGGCGAGGAGUUCGGCUUGAUGGAUUCGGUUGGCCCCGGUGAAGAGGUUCCUUUGCUUCCGGGCCCCGCCGCAGCUCCUGAACUUCAGCGCGAGGAAAAUCUCGAGGAGGAGCCGGAGGGCGAGCAAGCAGACACCGAGAAGGUUCGCAAACAGAAGUGGCUAGCAAUUUCCCGCAACCAGCGCUUAGCAAUUCGGCGGCUGCACCAUAUGACCGGGCACGCCAGCAACGAGUCGAUGAUGAGAAUGUUGCGUUCAGCUGGCUCGGGACCAGCCGUGGUUGCUGCUUGUCGCCAUUUUCGUUGCCAGGUCUGCCGAGAACAGCAGCAGCCGAGCGCACCGCGCACAGUGGCCGAGCCGCCCGCAUAUCAGUUCAACUUUCAGAUUGAGUGUGACGCCUUUGAGGUAGCAGACGCGGCCGGGAACAAGCACACUAUCUUGUCUGUGGUCGACAGCGGCACCCGCUUCCAUGUGGCUGGCUGGGUCGCUCCGGGUGGCACACCGACCUCGAAGGCCUGUGCCACCUUCCUCAAUACAGCGUGGCUCUCGUGGGCAGGCUCUCCUCGAGUGUUCUCUUCCGACCAAGGAGUACACAACAAGGGCCACCUCUUGGCCCUUCUCAAGGCCCAUGGCGUGGAAGUGAAGCAGGCACGGUGGGCUGCUGAAGUCUAUGAUGAAACGCGUCAUUGCCACACCAGCUUGGGCCAGCUUGUGGGAGAGUUUGCGGUGUCGGCGGCGGCGACCCAAUGUGCUUCUGUGAAGAAUUCUGCUUUUGUCCAUGCAGGGUUUUCUCCGGCCCAAUGGGUUCUAGGCCGGCUGCCCUUUGAUGGCACCUCUCUGGCAAGCGAACAGCGACUGGAGCAGCUGGGUGUGCAGCAGGCCAUUGUGGAUGGCGAGGAUCAGUUCAGCCGGUCGCUUAUGAUUCGGCAAUGGGCGAAAGAGGCCUAUGUAUACGUGGACUCCAGCCAGAGGAUAAGAAGGGCGAUGCUUCGACAAUCACAUCCCCUUCGAGGACCCUACCAAGCCGGGGACCUUGUGAGCUACCACCGCCGUGGAAAAUGGUUCGGCCCGGCCCGGGUCCUGGCACCAGAAGGGAAGAGUUCCUUGUGGUUGGUCCAUGCGGGCAUGACGGUGUUGGUUGCGGACACCUGCUGCAGGCCAGCGUCGGUGGAGGAGAUUCGGCGACGAGAGGCCUUGGAGAAGAGGCCGACGUGGAGCAGAACUGGUGGGCAACCCAAGCGAAAGUUUGAGGAAUUCCUUGAGGACGUAGAGGAGGACCUUCCGUUCGCCCGGGACUUGCCCCAGUAUGCCGAGAACGACUCAGGACAGCAGGUGCCCUACUUUGACUUCGUCACCAGCGCGCCGGUGAAUGUCGAGAACACCGCCACUGAAGCCCCAGACGCGGCUAUGGAGCCGGAUGUUGUGGAGACGACGCAAGGAACAACGCCAGAGCGCCAGACCACACAGCCGGAGCAAGAGCCGCCGGAGGAGGCGACCGCGACAUCGACCGGAAACCCAACGACAUCUACCACCACAGGGGGAUUGCUAGACCAGGCGGUGCCAACUGAGACGGAAACGGAUCAACAGGACACGGUUUCCUUAGAGCAGGAGGCCCAGAUACCGGCGACAUCGGCCGGUCUCCUGACGAUGUGGAUGGUGUCCCUAGGUCUAUCUCGCAAUGGAGGACCCGAGUACCGAGACCUUGUUGGAGAGCAACGGCAACGAGGGGAGAAGGAGAAGGCCAAGCGAGCUUUGGUUUUCCUUGCAGGUCGCACCGAGAAAGCUUACAAGAAAAAGGCUGUGAAGAAAGGAGCUGGAAGGGAACUCCACUACAACCGGGAGACCGAGGAGGUGCAGCAGGCGAUGCAGCAGGCCAGGCGAAAGGAAUGGGACAAUUGGAAAAAUUAUUCCAAUAUGAAGAAGCUGUCGCGUCAGGAGUUUGCCGAGAUGAAGAGAAAGGACCCAGCGUUGCGCAUCAUACCCACCAGGUGGGUGGACACCAACAAAGCCGAGGAGGGACAGCCUAUGAAGGCGAAGAGCAGGUUUGUGGUCAGAGGCGACAUGGAGGAUGCCUCGGGUAUGCGCACGGAUUCGCCUACGGCUUCCCAGGUGGCAAUGGGCAUGUUGGUAUCGUUCGCGGCAGCAACUUCGAGGCCUUUGAAGAGCGGCGACAUUUCGGCGGCUUUUCUCCAAGGGUCUGUGUUGGACCGUUCCCUUGUCCUCAGCAUGCCAAAAGGGGCCGCACCAUACGACAUGGAGGAAGACGAUUUGGUCUUGGUGUCUACUACAGUCUAUGGCACCAAGGACGCACCCCGCGGCUGGUUCAAGAAGUUGGAUGGAUCUCUUCAGAAGAAACAACUGAGGAGAGUGCCCAUGGAGCCCGGGUUCUAUGUGCUGAACGGGCUUCGAGGAGACGGCACCGUCUACAUCAAAGGCCUCCUUCUGAUCCACGUGGACGAUAUCCUCUGGACCGGCGACCAGGACAUGAACCGGAUCAUGGAGGAGAUCCAGCUUGAGUAUAAGUUCGGCUCCCUGGAUACCGGCACCUUCAAGUACUGCGGCAGGAUCCUGGCCCAGACCAAGGAGGGAAUCUCUGUCACGUGCCCGGACCUCAUCACGCGUGUGAGGCCGAUCCAGCUCCGACGAAGGGGACAGAGGCAGGCCGCAGCCACAGAAGUGGAAAAGGGGCAGUUACGCUCCGUGACGGGGUCCCUGAAUUGGCUGGUCAGGGUUUGUAGACCAGACAUUGCCUAUGGCGUGGCCAAGCUACAGUGUGCUGUGAACAAGCCCUCCGUUCAAGACCUCGUCGACGCUAACGCCUUGGUACGCUACGUGCAAAAGACCAAAGAGAAGGGGCUUUUCUACAAGGCCGGAGCCCUCAGCUUCGAGGACGUGAUGCUGGUGGCAGUGCAAGAUGCUUCUUAUGCCGCCGACUUCGACGUCUCGGAAUCAGGGAAGAAGAUGGGGUUCCGCAGCCAGAGCGGGCGCAUUUUGUGCCUGGCUCCGCGAAGCUUCGCCACAACCCUCGAUGAGCACCUUUACCCGAUAGAGUGGCACAGCACGGUGAUCAGGAGAGUGCGCAAGUCCACUCUCCAGGCGGAGAGUCUGAGCUUGCAGCUGGGAGCAAUGGAGGCAGAGCAUGCACGCUGCGUCUUGCAUGGCAUGCAUCUGGAGCAGCCCAAGAUGGACACGACUUCUUGGGUUAUCGGGGCCCAGGACCGUACACCUGUGAUGUGGGUCACCGACUGCUACAGCCUCCUGGCUCACUUGAUGAACCCGGCAACCGGGACCGUGGGUGACAAACGCUUGGCUAUAGACCUGUGUGCUCUUCGGCAAGAAUUGUGGCGUCUCCGUGGAGAGUUUGUAGGUGAUCCGCUAGGGCAAGACAAACCGCCCAAGAAGCCAUCGACGUGUAUAGUUUGGACAAGCACCGACCGGAUGCUUGCAGAUGGCUUAACGAAGAAGCUGAAUGCCCAUGAGCCAAUGGAAAAGCUCAUGCAGGGGCAGCGGAUCAGCAUGGUGCCGACUUCGGACCAGAAAAACCUUACCGGUGUGAAUGUAGAGGCUGAUGUGGGUGUAGUUGUGGCAUCUGAAGGAGAUGCUGGAAGAGAUGCUCCGGCGGAGUUUGGAGAGAAUCUCCGAGCAAUGAGCGCCGUUGCUUCGGAAAUCAGGCGAUCUGCAGUGUUGGUUUCCUUGCGGUGUUGCGGUGUUGAGUACUGGCACUCUUUCGUUUUGGAUGCUUGGGCUAGGUUUUUCGUAGGCUACAUGAAGUAUUCUUCCAGCCUUGACUUAGCCGCUGCGGGCGUGAUGGAUGGUGAUGAUCUGGCUGCUGCCGGAGUCAUGGCUGGUGCAGAGGAUCUCGCGGCUGCAGGUGUCAUGGAAGAGGAUGAUCUAGCUGCGGCCGGUGUGGUUAUCGACGACGACCUGGCAGCUGCAGGCGUUUUGAUAGAUGGCGAGGGCAUGGCAGACCUCGGCGUCUAUGACCCUGGGGAGGAACAUGGCAACUGGGACGAAGAGGAGGCUGGGGAAGUGCUCGUCGAUGCAAAUGGACAUCCCGCCGAUCUCCUGGAGUCCCUCGAUGAGUGCUUUUGA